CUCUCUCUGUCACUCUGUCACUCUCAAAAAUAAAUAAAACAUUAAUAAAUAUAUUAAAAAAAAAAAAAAAAGAGUUACAGCCUCAUUCCUGGUCUAAGCCAGACCAUUGCCAGAAAGGGUUUCUAGGCAGCCACCAGGGGGACAGAGGCUAGGAAAACAGGGAACCGGUCCCCUCUGACUCUAAUUCUCAUGGGAGCCAACUGCUCACAGAUGUGGAAAUGAUUACCUAUUACUGUAAUGUCUUACUCUGGGGAAGAGUCUGGUGGAGCUGGACUCCUGUCUCCUAUUGCACCACAAACCAUAGACUUCUUCCAUCUCCAUGCUGACGUUCCCACUGUAUACCCUGUGCUCUCCCUUCACGUUUUACAGUCUCUGCAGUUUAGUAGAUACAGGAGAUGUGAUACUAGUCCUCAGAGGAGGCUGGCCCUUUUUGCCCCCAGGAAGCAUCCUGAGUUUCUCCUAUGUCUGCUGACCUCUGGUGGCGAUAGUUUGAACUGGACCCUCCUUGUCUAGUUAGUGCCUGCUGGCAGGUAAUGAAUGGUGUACAUUCUCUCAGCCAUCCAAAUUCAAAUAUUCAAACACUGUAUCAAAUGGAAAUAUUUUUUACUGCUGAAUUUUUUGUUUUCAGGCCUCAUGACAUAAUGUAAAGAACAGAGCCUGGGCUUUGGAAUCAGACUUACCUAGGUUCAGGUCUAGCUCUGUUUCCUAGCAGAGUGACCUUGGGCAAGUUACCUAAGCUUAGCUUUCUUACCUGUAAAGUGAAAAUAAUAAUAAAUAGCUCAAUCGGAAAAUGAGAUGAUUGUAAAAUGCAUAGCCCUAGCUGUGCCAUAGCACAUAGGUGCUCAAUAAAAGUUUGUUACCUUCUCAAUAAUAGUGAUUUUGUUCAGUGUAUGACUCCAUAUGAUUUUAAAAUUUUUGGUAACAUAAAAUUUACCAUUAUUCCCAUUUUUCAAUGUGACUUUUUUAAACUCUGAGAAGUUUUAUAUAACUGCUUUCUGAUUCUUGAGUUUGGAAACUGAGGUCAACUUUAGUAUGGACUGUGAAGACUGCCUCUGCCCAGAGAGCUACAGAUCCGAGCCCUGAAAAUAAGGGUUAGAGAGAUCUUGGGCACAGCCAAAUGGCUCAGUUGACCUCACUCUGGUUUCCAGCCUAAGAAGGACUGACAGGAUCCAGCACUUUCUUCCAGGGUCAGCAAAGGGCAGAGGUCUGAAGUCAGGCAUCACAGGGUUCACAGCUGGGCCUCCAAGACCCCCUUCUCCCACUUUGCAGAGAAAAGAGGAGGCGGCUGCAGAGAAGAGGAUAUGUGAUUGCUUCUCUGCUCCUCCCUCUCCCUGCUUUUCCCUACACCCAUCCUCUCCCCCACAGCAGCCAUCUCCCCCGCAGCAACUGGAAAGAGGGAGGGGGGGCGGAGUUGGGGACUGAGGGAUCAGAAGACCCACAGCGUCCUGUAUCUGAACGAAGCUCUUGCUGGGGGCAGCUGUGCUGGUUCAUGCUCCCCUCUCCAUGCUGCUUGCCUCCUCCAGCAUGAUGCUGGGGACUCUGGGCCUUUGGGUACUCCUCCCCAUAGCUGUGCAAGCACCCCCAAGCAGGCGGACCUGUGUGUUCUUUGAGGCCCCUGGAGUGCGGGGAAGCACAAAGACACUGGGGAAGCUGCUAGAUGCAGGACAGGGCCCCCCCAGGGUUAUCCGCUGCCUCUACAGCCGCUGCUGUUUUGGGAUCUGGAACCUGACCCAACACCAGGCACAGGUGGAGAUGCAAGGAUGCCGAGACAGUGAUGAGCCAGACUGUGAGGCCUCCCACUGUGAGCUGAGCCCCCGAGCCCACCCUGGCCCCAGGUCCACUCUCUUCACCUGCUCCUGUGGCACUGACUUCUGCAAUGCCAAUUACAGCCAUCUGCCUCCUCCAGGGAGCCCUGGGACUCCUGGCUCCCAGGGUCCCCAAGCUGUCCCAGGCGAGUCCAUCUGGAUGGUGCUGGUGCUGCUGGGGCUAUUCCUCCUCCUCCUGCUGCUGCUGGGCAGCAUCAUCUUGGCCCUGCUACGGCGAAAGGCCUGCAGAGUCCAAGGUGGCCCAGAGCCAGAGCCAGAGCCAGAGCCAGAGCCAGGCUCAGGCAGGGACUGGAGUGCUGAGCUGCCUGAGCUGCCCGAGCUGUGUUUCUCCCAGGUAAUCUGGGAAGGAGGUCACACAGUGGUGUGGGCUGGGCAGCUGCAAGGCAAGCUGGUAGCCAUCAAGGCCUUCUCCCUGAGGGCCGUGGCCCAGUUCCAAGCUGAGAGAGCACUAUAUGAACUGCCAAGCCUACAGCACGACCACAUUGUCCGCUUUAUCACCGCCAGCAGAGGGGGCCCUGGGCCCUUGCCCUGUGGGCCCCUGCUGGUACUGGAGCUGCACCCAAAGGGCUCCCUGUGCCACUACUUGACCCAGCACACCAGUGACUGGGGAAGUUCCAUGCGGAUGGCGCUGUCCCUGGCGCGGGGCCUGGCAUUUCUCCAUGAGGAGCGCUGGCAGGAUGGCCAAUACAAACCAGGUAUCGCCCACCGAGAUCUGAGCAGCAAGAAUGUGCUCAUUCGGGAGGAUGGGUCGUGUGCCAUUGGAGACCUGGGCCUUGCCUUGGUGCUCCCUGGCCUCACCCAGCCUCCCACCUGGGCCCCAACUCAACCCCGAGGCCCAGCUGCCAUCAUGGAGGCUGGCACCCAGAGGUACAUGGCACCAGAGCUCUUGGACAAGACUCUGGACCUACAAGACUGGGGCACGGCCCUCCGGCAAGCCGAUGUUUACUCUCUGGCUCUGCUCCUAUGGGAGAUCUUGAGCCGCUGCCCAGAUUUGUGGCCUGACAGCAGACCACCACCCUUCCAACUGGCCUAUGAGGCAGAACUGGGCAGCACCCCUACCACCUGUGAGCUGUGGACCUUGGCCGUGGAGGAGAGAAGGCGCCCCUACAUCCCAUCCACCUGGCGCUGCUUCACCACAGACCCUGGUGGCCUGAGAGAGCUGCUAGAGGACUGUUGGGAUGCAGACCCAGAAGCACGGCUGACAGCUGAGUGUGUACAGCAGCGCCUGGCUGCCCUGGCCCGUCCUCAGGAGGCCCGCCCCUUCCCAGAGAGCUGCACCCACGACUGCCCACCUCUCUGCCCAGAAGACUGCCUCUCACCUCCCCCCACUGCCAUUCCCCCUUGUAGGCCUCCACUGAAUGUCUGCUGCUUCAGCAUUCAGCAAGGCCCUGGUGCCAGGAGUCCUCCUGUACCAUCUCUCACCUGUAAAUAUGCAGGUUAUGUAUAACCUAUGUACAUGCAAACAUAAAUAUGGUGAUCAGA